AUGGGCGGCGGAGGUGAAGGAACGACGCUGGAAUUCACUCCGACGUGGGUUGUAGCCGCCGUAUGUACCGUCAUCGUUGCCAUUUCCCUCGCCUUAGAGCGUCUUCUUCACUUUCUCGGCAGAUACCUCAAAAGCAAGAAUCAAAAGCCGCUCAAUGAAGCUCUUCAGAAAGUUAAAGAAGAAUUGAUGCUUUUGGGGUUCAUUUCACUUCUGCUCACUGUAUUUCAAGGCACCAUCUCUAAAUUGUGUGUUCCUGAGAGUUUGACCGAACAUUUACUUCCGUGUGAUCUGAAGGAUAAACCGAAAGCUGAACAUGGUUCGCCCUCAGGUGAAACCGGUUCGUCAACGACGAAGCAUUUUCAAACUUUCUUUGUUUCGAGUAUUUCUGGUACGGCCAGACGGCUUCUUGCUGAGGGAUCUGCUUCACAGGCUGGUUAUUGUGCCAAAAAGAAUAAGGUGCCAUUGCUAUCACUCGAAGCAUUGCAUCAUCUACAUAUUUUUAUCUUCAUCCUAGCUAUCGUCCACGUAACAUUUUGCGUUCUCACUGUAGUUUUUGGAGGAUUGAAGAUUCGCCAGUGGAAGCAUUGGGAGGAUUCUAUUGCAAAAGAGAAUUAUGAUACUGAACAAGUUCUAAAACCAAAAGUCACUCAUGUCCAUCAACAUGCUUUUAUCAAAGACCACUUUUUGGGCUUUGGUAAAGAUUCAGCUCUUCUUGGUUGGUUGCAUUCCUUUCUCAAGCAAUUUUAUGCUUCUGUAACAAAAUCAGAUUAUGCAACGUUACGGCUUGGUUUCAUUAUGACGCACUGCAGGGGAAAUCCGAAGUUUAAUUUUCACAAGUACAUGAUACGUGCCCUUGAAGAUGACUUCAAGCAUGUUGUUGGAAUCAGUUGGUAUCUUUGGAUAUUCGUGGUUGUCUUCUUGUUCCUUAAUGUCAGUGGUUGGCAUACAUAUUUCUGGAUAGCAUUCAUUCCUUUCGUUCUUUUGCUUGCUGUGGGAACGAAGCUGGAACAUGUGAUAACCCAGCUGGCUCAUGAGGUUGCAGAGAAGCACGUAGCAAUUGAAGGUGAUCUAGUAGUCCAACCGUCUGAUGAUCACUUUUGGUUUCAACGUCCUCGUAUUGUUCUCUUCUUGAUCCACUUCAUACUUUUCCAAAAUGCUUUUGAGAUUGGAUUUUUCUUCUGGAUAUGGGUUCAAUAUGGAUUUGACUCGUGCAUCAUGGGACAAGUCCGCUAUAUCAUUCCAAGGCUCAUCAUUGGGGUGUUUGUCCAGGUUCUUUGCAGUUACAGCACCCUUCCGCUCUACGCCAUUGUCACUCAGAUGGGAAGUUCUUUCAAGAAAGCAAUCUUUGAUGAACAUGUACAAGUAGGGCUAGUUGGCUGGGCUCAGAAGGUGAAGAAAAGAAAGGGACUUAGAGCAGCUGCUGAUGGCUCCAGUCAAGGAGUCAAGGAAGGUGGUUCAACUGUGGGGAUUCAGUUGGGAAAUGUUAUGCGCAAGGCUUCUGCACCUCAAGAAAUUAAGCCUGAUGACUCCAAAUCAACU